AAAGUAAAGUGUUACUUGUUUCAUAUAUCAGAAAAAAAUACUGAUAAAACAUAAUAAUUUUAAAGUUUCUGCAUUUCUUGCAUUGAUCUCUCAAAUUCAGCUUGUGUGGAGGUUGACCUUAAAAGACUUUAAAGACACUUUUUUAUGGUGGAAAAGUGGGCCUAGUUUUGCACUGACCUCUGUUGCACAUGUGACCUCACUCAAAACAUUUCAGGGCUACAUCCCAGCUGUUAGAUGAUCACCUGCAGGCAGGAUUUUAGAUCACUCUCUAAGUCCCAGUUUGCUUUUGAAAAAAUAAUCAUGAUUCUUUAUCAUUUCUUCCUGAUCACAUUUUCCUUAUCUACAGUUACCAUGGCGAGGAGAGACUGCUCUGACCUGUUUCUGUUGGGGGAGACUGAAAGUGGAGUCUACCUGGUGACUCCAGAACUCCACGGCAGAAGCUUCUCGGUGUUCUGUGACAUGGAUAGGAAUGGUGGAGGAUGGACCGUGCUGCAGCGCCGUCAAGACGGCAGCGUGAGCUUCAAUCGCACUUGGGCAGAGUACCGAGCAGGCUUCGGUGAGCUGAACGGAGGGGAGUUUUGGCUGGGCAACGACAUGAUCCACCUGCUGACCCGGGAACGGGACAUGAUGCUGUUUGUGGAGCUGGAGGACUUUGACGGGGUGAUGGAGUAUGCAAUGUAUGACCAGUUCAAGGUGGCAAGUGAACGGAUGCGCUACAGGCUGACAGUAAGAGGUUACUCUGGCACUGCAGGUGAUUCACUUCGCUACGGCAGAGGUUAUGAUCACAACAACAGGUGGUUCACCACCCCGGACAGGGACCAUGACCGCUAUCCAUCUGGGAACUGCGGGGCCUACUACAGCUCCGGCUGGUGGUUUGAUGCAUGCAUGGCUGCAAACCUCAACGGGAGAUACUAUGUGGGAAGUUACAAAGGAAUCCGGGAUGGGAUUUACUGGGGGACGUGGCACAACAUAUCGACAGAGUAUUACCCUACCAAUGACAGACAGUCUUUUAAAAAUGUCAGGAUGAUGAUAAGACCAAAGGGCUUCACACCCUGAGUGGGUGUGAGUCUCGGGCAGGGCGUGUUUGAAAAGAAAAUAAACAAAAAAAGAUAUAACUGCUAACCACACCCAUAAGCUCCUAAAAUGCUCCAUGCAGUAUUUAAUAUUCAGUAUUUAAUAAAACCUAUUAUACUUUAACACUUACACACUAUUUUUUGUGAUCAACGGUUUAUUAAAGUUCAAGUUAUGUAUUGACGACUAGCAACAAAACAUUACAUUACUAGUGCACAUAACAUUUAUGACACAGAACAAAACAGGACUAAUGGCAGCACCGAGCCCCCAGUUAGAUCUCCAUAUAGUACACCGGGGAAUGUGUGUUCUGAUGUCAAAAAUAGAUAAAUACGUAAAAACAAAAGGGGGGAAAGGUCAAAAAGUCACAUGUGGAGGAGCAGUUACUUUCUGUACACUGUUAACACAAUGCUGCCGCCUUGUGGUGGGAUGUGAUUCUGAGAUACUAUUUUGUUUACAGGAGGAUGUGACAAUAAUAAGGAUGUACAUAGUACUUAUAAAGGUUAUUCGUUAAUUACAAAUUGUCUUUUCAUAGUCUUUUAAUAUUAAUAUGUCAUUAUAACACUUAUGUCGAGAGUGGAAUUUGUUUGUUGACCAGAGAGGGAAAUCCUCUUGUGAGGAGUUAUUUUUCUAUCAGUGAAGAUCAUAGAGAUGAUUUUUUAAAUUACAGUACUGGAAGUUGAUGUUGGAUUGGAGAGUUUAAUAAUUAAGAUUGUUUUGUGAAAAUAAAUAAAAUGUGCUACAUAAAAGCUUUGGAUUACUUUCCUUUUUUCUGCUGACAUUUCCUGCCAACUAAAGUACUAAAUAACCAAUAAAUUCAAAAACUGUGUGUUGUAUUUAUUGUACUGUGUAUUCAGUUCCAUCAAUAUUAUUAUUAUUUUUAAAAAGGCAACAUGGCCUCUCAGUAAUCAGCCCCAUGCAGGAGACUUGAACAAAUGUUUCAAGACUCAAACUCCCUACACCCUAUGCAGAGAAAAUUACGUCGCUUUUGAAUAGCUAACCUCGUCUGCUGAUUGGACAAAACCACAAGAGGGGCGGUGCGAUGUUUACACAAGAUCGUACAUCCGGUGUGUCAAGUUCCUCAGAGUGACGCAGAAUAAGGCCGGAAGCACGUGACUUUGCCCUCAAUAUAAAAGCAUAAAAUCCCAUGUUAAAGGAUGGGGUGUUAGAACUGUGUCUGGUAGUGUUUGUGGGCCUUUAUUUCCAUCCAAAAGAGUAACAAGUGUUAAUAGAUCAUCCAGAGUCCUGUUGAGAGGUUUGCUGUAGCAGAGUGGUUUUAUUUUUGUAUACCAGUUUACACAGAGCGAGUCUUACACAGUAAACUGACUGAGAGGAAUGACAGGGAGGCACAUUUAUCAUUUAUACAGUGAUCAGACAGCGUGCAAAUACAGCUGUGAUCACACAAGAGGGGCAGGAAGCUGUUCCCAGAUGUUACUUGAUUAAUACUAGGCGAACAAUUUUCACAGGUGGAUUCAAAUAUUUGGAUCAAAAGCAUGGGGAUAUAACAAAGAAUGGUUUACUAUGAAGUCUGUAUCUACAGACAUAAGCACUCCUCAAUACUUGAAGUGUUUUUUGUGACAGGCUGGAUUACUAACUGGGCAGAACACCAGGACCCUGAAAGCUCCAGACUGGAUGUGUACCACGCAGUUUGUGUUAGUGUAACUGAAAAGUUGUUUGGAAAUACGUACCACUAAAACACAAUAUCAGCUAGCAUAAGGGCCAUAAGGUGAGUUCUGCUUUAUUUCCUAAUCUUGAGGUCCUGUUUUGAAGAGGGUCAGUGUGUCAAAAUAUAGAAAUUCGUUAUUUCAGCCCUUGGCUUACAUUAGCUAAUUUCUAAGUUAAUUUGUGUUUACCAUCUGUGGCCGGAUUGUGUUCCAGCAUAGAAAAACUGUAAACACUGCACAGAGGAGAGAAAUGUGAGGGUUAACUGGGGCGCUGCAGCUCAUUUUUGCCCCCAAGCAGGAUAAUCUGGCCAUAAUGAUGUGUGUACUUUUCUCUCUCUCUUUGACUGUGUGUGUAAAGUUUCUACAAAACUAGAAACUAAACCAAGGCUAUGGAGGUUCAGGUUGAGCUCAAGAGGAAUUAUUUUAUUUUUACGAUAGAAGGGGACAAUAUAAACAUUCUGUUAUAUUUGUGAAAGAAAUAAUUGGUUACAUUACACUGCUCACAAUUUCACAGGGUGUGGUGUGUGUGUUUCUGUCUUAGAUUGUGUGAGUGACCUUUAUUUAACCUCCUCAUAUUUUCCCCACCUUGUUAUAAUAUCCCUUUUAUUAUUUCAUAUCAGAGCAACAACAAAUACUAACAUUGAAGCUUAAAUUUUAAAACAUAACCAGGUGCCCAUGGUGAGGAACAUAGAUCUUUCUUAUCCUAUGUUUUCGACAAAAAUAUGUGUAAUAUCUGGAGUUUAUAUCAAAUAAACACAAAUUAGCAAAAAGAAAAAGUCUUAUGUAAAAGGUGUUGAUUCCUAAGGCCAGAGAGAGGUCAAGUCAGUCGACUGACCACGAAUAAUGCUCAUUUUAUUGAUUUGUUGUGAAUUGUAAAUGUUUAUUCUAGACGACCUUUUAUUUAUUUAACCUUUUUUCGUAUUUCACACCUUAUUUAUAAUAUCCCCUUUAUAUUUU